AUGACCAACCUGUGCUUCGUUUUCCAGACUGGUCAGCAUGACUGCUGCUGCACAUGUCGAAUCUAUGCCCGGUGCGGCUCCUGUCCCCAUGAGCUCUUCACCCGUUGGCGGCUAGGGGAUCAGCGAGCGGUGGUUGCUCGUAUUGCGCAGCUUGUGCGGGCGGAUGCUCCUGUUGACAUCGCCCAGGCCAACGAGGGUCUCCGGCAAGAAAUCCUUGUCCGCCAAGUUCCGCGGAGGUUGGCUUGGCUUACGCUUGCCAAGAUUCAGGAGAGGCUUCAGCGAGCCCGGGAUCGCAAACGCAAGCAACAAAAGACCGUGAGCAGCAGCUUCAGAGGCUCUACGAAGAUCAGGACCUGCUGGGGCUCACCAGCACAGCAGAAACCGAGGGCGUGGCACGUGAGAAAGCCUUGGGAGAUGCGCAGGGGAUGCUUGGGAAGAGCUUCGUCAAGCAGCUGCAGGCGCUGCGCAGCAUGA